AUGACCUGCCGGGUGCUGGCACCGGAGAUCUUCCAUGAAGUCAGGACCAAGUCCCAGUCUGCCUUUCGUGGCAGUUUCUCGGAGGCCGGAAAGGAGAUCUCUUCCGAGGAGGAGUAUCAGGCUGUUCGCAAGGCCGUGUACAGCUGUCCCUUCAAAGCCAUCCGGUGGACCCGACAGCCCAGCAUGAGGCCUUCAACCUCAAGCUUCGUGUACGAGGGCUAUCCCAAGCAGAUAGAGGGCGAUGUCUACUACAUGGGGCUGUCAGACAAGACCACCUUUGGAUCCGCCGGAUUUUUCAUCCGCUGCGCUGGCGGCCAGAAUGUCCUCAUCGACCCUCCCAUAGCACAUCCGAAGCUCUUGGAAGCCGUGUCCCGCAUGGGCGGUGUGCAACAUUUGCUCUUCACUCACGUGGAUCACACCCAUAACGUGACAGCUUGGCACAAAGCCACGAAAGCUCCGAGACUGAUGCACCGGGCAGAUGUCGUCGAAACCCACAGCGAGUACAGCCCUUUCCCGGUGACCAAAGACUUCGAAGCCCUUUUGGACCUAGAGCCCCUCGAAAGCACCUUUCUGGACGGGGUGCCAGACCUUCGGAUCAUUGCCACUCCUGGCCAUACCCCGGGCAGCAUCAUGUUCCUCUACAAGGGCCGCUUCCUCUUCACUGGAGACUCUUUGGCUUUUUCACCCGCCAAAGGCCACCUCCAUGCGUUUCGCAUUCAGACGUUUCAGAGCUGGAGCCUUCAAGCAGAGUCGUUGCAACGGCUGCUCAGCUACAAGUUCUGCUGGGUUCUACCUGGGCAUGGUGAUUGGAAGAAGUACGACACCGCUGCGGAGGCGCAGGCGGACUUGCGCACCUGUGUAGAUUGGAUGUUGCAACAGGAGUCUGGGAGAACUUGGUUGCCACGCUAUGUGCUGUGGACGAUGGUGCGGCCAAAGACAGGCGGCCUCCGACAGCUUCUCAUCGACAGCUUACUGCUUCCUCAGGGGGCGAAGGACCAGUUUCCCAAUUGGACGCUGCCCAGCUGGAUCUUCUCCCUGACCUUGGCCCUGCCUUGCUUUGCGAUGGUGGCCCUGCAGCUGUGCCGAGUGCAGAAGUGA